AUGGGAUAUUCUGACACUCAAAAUGGUUAUAUCUUGCUGGACAUCCAUACUAAGAAUUUGAUAGUAAGUAGAGAUGUUGCUUUUCAAAAGAAUGUUUUUCCCUUUGCACAGUUGAAGCAUAUGCAGAAUCCAGAUGGCACUCACAAUGAUGUAUUCAUGUUUGAUUUUUUGGCUCAAUUGAUGGAGAAAGUAAUGGCGACAGUUGACCUUAAGGAAGAAGUUUAUAUGAAACUGCCAGAAGGUUUUAGGAGACAGGGGGAGAAGAAAGUUUGCAAAUUUCUCAAGUCAUUAUAUGGACUUAAACAAGCUUCUAGACAAUGGAAUCUCAAGCUUACCACUGCAUUGAUUACAACUGAAUUUACUUAA